ACCAUCAUUCCUCUAGUGCCACUCGUCCCGCGACGUCGAUACACCUAUCUCACCUCCAUAGCGCGAUCGUGUUCUCGAGUGAAGGCAGACGCGACGCGUGCGAGCGGGGCGCACGCGAGUAGACACGCAGAAAUCGCGGUCACCGCGACGGACACCUGUUGCGGCAUCGAUCUGGGCACAGUCGACGCCGAGCAGUCGCGAUCGCGAGGUCCGGCUGGAUUCCGCGGUGGUUCGUGUGUGAAUAAACGCCGAGUGGAUAAACAUAUCCGAUAAAUACCGUAUCACCGUGCAGCGAAGAGCGGGUUUCGUCGACGCGGUUCUGUUUUUGAAUUUGAACGCGGGCUUUCGGUAUCGCGUUUUUUUUUUUCGGAUACGGUGAGCGUCAGGGGGGAUGCGCUCGGGAACGGUAAUUUGAAUAAUAAAUCGGAAAAUGUUGAUGAGAAAUGUGUAAAAGAAGAAAAAAGGAGAGACAGAAUGUUUCUUUCUUUAUAAUUGAUUUUUUGCGAUUUUGUUUUAUCUGAUAUAUGUAUUAUCAUUUGACAACUGACAGUGAAAUAACUCGACGGAAAAAACAGUUUUAUUUCUUUAGGAUAUAAUAGAGUUUUUUUCCAUCUUUCUUACGAUUAGAUAUUGCUUUGAUCUUAUGAUAUUGUUUUUUAUCUAUGGUACCGAUAUUAUAAUGCUAAAAGUGAUUAUCAGUAAUUAUAUUGGUUUACUGUGGCAUAUAAUCAUUUGUUACACAAAACAUAAUACGAAAAUCGGCUACAGAUUAUACGAAUUUAAAGAAAUUUGACGACUCAGUCAACGAGCCAAAAAAACAACAAAAUUAAAAUUAAAUCGUUAACAGAGUGCAUUCGUUAACAGUAAAAAUGUCGUUAAAACUAGCGGACGAUCAGCGAUUUGCAUUAAUGAAGUUCCGACGGUCCGUACAAGAUAUCAUACAGCCGCACCAUGAUGACCACUUUCUGCUUCGCUGGUUGAGAGCAAGAAAAUGGGAUCCUAUCGCAGCGGAAAAAAUGCUGAGAGACUCAAUGGAAUGGCGCAAACAAUGGGAUGCUGAUAAUUUAUGUAAUUGGGAUAUACCUGAAGGAAUAAAAAAUUAUUUGCCUUACGGAUUAAGCGGAUUCGACAAAGACGGAGCACCAGGUAAAGUUUCUUUUAUUAAAGUCAAUAUCGAACAUUUCUUCGAAAUCAUAAAUCUGAGAAUUACUUUAUUGAUACGUUUAAAUAAUACCUUACUCAAUAAUGUCUUAAUUAUUAUUGUGAAAAGCAUGCAUGUCUACAACUUUCGAUAUUUUAAUAUAACAAGUGGUCAAGGUUUUCGAUUAUUUCAAAAUUGGGAAUUCCGAAGCGAGGGUCAUGACAUCAAAUUUGGAAUUUUAAAAAAGGAUGUAACCAAUGAUACGAAAACGGAAGUUAUACCUAUCCAUAGAGUUGCGUCCCAUCAGUCGGACGAAAUUGGACUAUUGACUUGUGAAACUGUGGCAACUUAUUCUAUUGUUUUCGAUAAUACUUACAGUUUUCUAAGGAAUAAGAAAGUUCAUUAUUCCGUACGUAUGUUACCACCAGCGGGAGAGAAAACAUCAAUUAUAGAAUAAAAUGGGUUCUUUAGGAAAUUUACAUCUUUAUUAGUUUUUGAUAUUUUUAGUUAUAGUUUAAAAUUUCAGAGAUAUAUCACAUUAGGGCUUAGGUAAUAAAUUUCGAUGUAAGAUAAAUCCUUUGUAGAUAUGACUUUAUAGAUUUGAUCGCAGCAUUUAUCUGGCAUGUAUUUCCUUAUCAUAAAAAUUACGUGGGUUUUUAUU